AUGGGUCUCUUCGGCGGCAAGAAGCACACCGUGGUGGCGGGCGACACCCUGCAGAGCAUUGCAGCUCAGUAUGGCACAACCCCCGAGGCCCUGCUGAAGCGCAACCGCAAGCAGGUCCAGAGCGCCGAGCAGAUCCAGCCCGGCAUGGCCUUCCGCCGGCUGUGCACCCGGUGUCCGGCGGCGGCGGAGCCGCCCUGCGUGCAACAGCUGGGCGGGGAGCAGGGCUCGGUGGCCUCCCCACAGCAAUACCUGCAGGCCCUGCAGGAGCUGCUGGUGCAGUAUGACGUGACGCUGCCCGCCGCCACGCUCUUCCGCCCCGUGCUGCUCAAGGCGGUUGCCGGCCUGGUGGAGGCAGCAAUCGGCAGCAGACGCGGAGGUACCGGCCGUGGCGGUGCCGUGCAGCCUGGCCCAGAGCUGGCGGUUGCCCUGCUGUCGGUGCUGGAGCUGGCGCCACACACCGAGGGGCUCGUGCUGCGAUACUUCCACCACGCGCCGCCACCCUUCCACUACCUGCUUCCACCCGCCGCCGACGGCGCAGCAAGCUGUGCUGUGCCUGUCGGGCAGCUGGCGCGCAGCACGCUGCGUGGCCUGCAGCUGCUGCCCCAGCUGCAGUGGCCGGUGGCGGCGGCGCUGCCGGCGCUGCUGCAGCACGCAGACGCCGAUGUGCGGUGGUGCGCCGCCGAGUGCGCCGCGCUGGCGUUUGGCCUGCAGGACGCCAGCAGGGCCAAGCUUGCGGGGCGCGUGCUCAGUGAGGAGGAGGAGGCGCAGUGCCGCCUGCGCUGGCAGAAUGAGCGUGCCAUGUAUUGCGCUGAGCUGGCAGUCAUGUACUGCAGCAGUACCAGCAGCAGCCACGGUCUGGCCGCUGGGAGCUCUGGGCAGCAGGCUGAGGCCAUGGAUGCAGCUCCCACACCCCCUGCUGCACGUCGCGGCGCCGGCGCAGCCAGGAGCGGGGACAGCAGCGGCAGCCGCAAGCGCAAGCAUGGCGGCGGCGGGGAGGACAGCGACGCAGACACGGCGGCUCUGGGCGGCGCUGCCGGCGGCAUGGCACCGGCCGCAGGGUAUGUCGAGGUGUGCGGCCUGGAGCUGCCACAGCGGCAGCAGCACGGGGGCGGCGGCGGCGCCGCACUCGCGCCUCUGGUGCACACCCCCGCUGUCGACCACAACCUGGAAGCCCUGGCUCUAGGCCUGUGCCUGGGCAGCCCCAUCCUGCUGGAGGGCCCCCCCGGCAGCGGCAAGUCGGCGCUGAUCGAACACGUGGCGGCGCUGACGGGCAACGCGCAGGCCAUGGUGCGCAUCCACCUGGACGACCAGAUGGACAGCAAGAGCCUGGUGGGCGCCUACGUGUGCACCGCCCGCCCCGGCGAGUUUGUGUGGCAGCCGGGGCCGCUGGCGCAGGCUGUGGCGCAGGGGCGGUGGGUGGUGGUGGAGGACGCCAACCUGGCGCCGCCCGAGGUGCUGGCCGCGCUGGUGCCGCUGCUGGAGAGGUGCGUGCUGGACGUGGCGGCGCGGGCCGAGAGCGUGGCCGCCGCCCCCGGCUUCCAGCUCAUCGCCACCGUCACCUCCGCGCCAGGCGGCACGGCUGCGGGUGCCUAUGGCAGCAGCCAGGUGGUGAAAGACCUGCUGGGAGGCCUGUUUCAUUACGUGGCUGUGGAGCCACCCCCGGAGGCGGAGCAGCAGCGCAUCCUGGCACGCCUGCACCCGCAGCUGGCGCCGCUGCUGCCCCAUGCCAUGGAGACCCUGAGCCUCGUGCGAGCAGCCUACGGCCAGCAGCACCACCAGCAGCAGCUGAGCGAGGCGGUGGCGGCGGCGCUGGCGGCGGCGGGCAUCAGCGGCGGCCACGGCGGGGGCGCCUUUGGGUUCAGCGUGGGCCGCCACUUCAGCAUCCGGGAUGUGCUCAAGUGGUGCCGCCGCAUGGCCUCGCUGCACGCGUCGCUGCUGCAGCGCUCCCUCAAGCCCGCUCGCUCCAGCCAGCACCAGGCCUCCGUCGCGGCUGUGCCGGUGGCGGUGCGCGAGGCGGCGUUUGUGGAGGCCGCCGACUGCUUUGGGGCCCUGCUGGGGCGUGCCGAGGCUGCCGAGCAGCUGCUGCGGGCAUUGGCAGCCCUAUGGGCGGUGCCUGCAGAGGCGGUACAGCAGUACACCAUGCUGCACAAGCCCGCAGUACAGGCAAGCGGCGCUGACCUGGCCGUGGGGCGAGCCAGCCUGCCGCUGGCGGAUGCCGCCGCCGGCAGGCGGGCCCUGGCGGCAGCCGGCGGCGGCGCCUCCCGCUUUGCGCCCACGGGCCAUGUGCUGCGCAACAUGGAGCGCGUGGCGGCUGCCACCUGCCUGGGAGAGCCGGUGCUGCUGGUGGGAGAGACGGGCACCGGCAAGACCACGCUGGUGCAGCAGAUUGCCAAGCAGGUGGGCGCCAAGCUGGUGGUGCUCAACCUCAGCCAGCAGACCGACAGCGGCGACCUGCUGGGCGGCUUCCGCCCCGUGCAGCCAGCCGAGGCGGUGCUGCCGCUGCUGGAGCGGUUUGGCGACCUUGUGCGGCGUACCUGGUGGCGGGGCAACAACGACGAGUUCCUGGGGCGGGUGGCUCGCCUGGCAGAGAAGCGCAAGUGGGGGCAGCUGGUGAAAGCCUUCCGGGCCGCGCUCGACAAGGUGGCCGCCGCGGAGCAGCAGCAGCAGGAGCAGCGGCAGGCAGCAGCAGCGCCUGGCGUCGCGCCGCCAUCUGGCGGUGACAGCAGCAGCAAGAAGCAGAAGCACAGCGGCAGCAAGAAGGCAGCCCCCGCAGCCAUCAGCGGCGAGGUGCUGCGCGAGUGGCGCCAGUUUGGCGGCGAUGUGGCGGCGGCCGAGGCGGCGGCCACCGCAGCCGAGGGCGGGUUUGCGUUUGCGUUUGUUGAGGGCGCGCUGGUGAAGGCUGUGCGGGAGGGCUGGUGGCUACUGCUGGAUGAGAUGAACCUGGCGCCAGCAGAGGCUCUGGAGCGCAUCGCAGGCCUGCUGGAGGAGGCUGGGGGCGGGGGCCUGGUUAUUGCGGAGCGGGGGGACUCGGAGGGCGUGCCGCGCCACCCCUCCUUCCGCCUCUUUGGAGCCAUGAACCCGGCCACGGAUGCAGGCAAACGUGACCUGCCCGCCCCGCUGCGCAAUCGCUUCACCGAGAUUUGGGUUGGGGAGCCGCCCCAGCGCGAGGACCUCGCCGCCAUUGUGGCCGGCUAUCUGUCUGACGUGGUGGCGGGAGCACCCGUGGAGGCCAUUGUCGAUUUCUACCUCGCAGCCAAGGCAGAGGCGGAGGCGACGCUCCAGGACGGCGCGGGCCACAAGCCGGCGUACAAUUUGCGCAGCCUGUGCCGUGCGCUGGAGUAUGCGGCACGUGCCACCCCCACAUAUGGCCUGCAGGCAAGCCUGGCAGCCAGUCGCCUGGGCUGGCGCUCCCUGUGGGACGGUUUUGCCAUGUCCUUCCUCACCCAGCUUGACCCUGCCAGCGGCGCCCGCCUGGAGAAGCUGAUGCAGCAGCACCUGCUGGGCCCGGGGACCAGCCUCAAGGUGCUGCUGCGGGCGCCGCCCGCGCCCCCCGGCCCCGACUUUGUGCUCUUUGACCAGUUCUGGGUGGGCACUGGCGGCAGGCAGCUGCCCAAGCCCGGACAAGACGGCGGCGGCGGCUUCUUUGUGCUGACCCCAACCGUUCAAGGCCACCUGCGCAAUCUGGCACGCGCAGGCCCCACCAGCAGCGGCAAGACCAGCCUGGUGUCCUAUCUGGCCGCCCAAACGGGGCACACAUUUGUGCGCAUCAACAACCACGAGCAGACAGACCUGCAGGCACGCCACCAGCUGUGGGGCUGGGCUGGGCUGCUCAGCUGGCCGCGCAGGGCUGAGUACCUGGGCAGCUAUGUGAGCGACGAGAGCGGGCGGCUGGUGUUCCGGGAGGGGCUGCUCGUGCAGGCGGUGCGCCAGGGGCACUGGAUUGUGCUGGAUGAGCUCAACCUGGCGCCCACCGAGGUGCUGGAGGCGCUCAACAGGCUGCUGGACGACAACCGCGAGCUGUAUGUGCCGGAGCUGCAGGAGGUGGUGCGCCCCCACCCGCACUUCAUGCUCUUUGCCACACAGAACCCGCCCGGCAUCUACGCCGGACGCAAAACGCUCAGCAGGGCCUUCCGGUCCCGCUUCCUGGAGCUCCAUGUGGACGACAUCCCCGACGACGAGCUUGCGACAAUCCUGGAGAAGAGGUGUGCGAUCGCCCCCAGCUACGCCGCCAAGCUGGUGGCAGUGCAGCGUGAGCUGCAGCGCCGCCGCUCCGCCUCCAACGUUUUUGCCGGCCGCCACGGCUUCAUCACGCCCCGAGACUUGUUCAGGUGGGCUGGACGCGGCGCCGUGGGCUACCAGGAGCUGGCCGAGGACGGCUUUGCUGUGCUGGGGGAGCGCCUGCGCGGUGGCGAGGAGCGGGAUGUGGUGGCCGCGGUGCUGCAGAAGGUCCUUGGAGCCAAGCUGGAUCUUGCCGAGGCUUACCGCCGCAGGGGAGAUGCUCCUGUGCAGCAGCUCAGGGCGGCGCUGCAACAGGAGGCUGCUACGGCUGCAGCUGCUGAUGGCAUGGCAGCAAACGCGACUCCCACCGAGCAGCAGCAGCAGCAGCAGCAGGAUGGUUCUUCCCUGUGGAGAGGUGCCUGGAGUUUUCAGAAGCAGCGGUGCUGGUCGGCCAAAACGGGCACCGGCAAGACGACCGUGUGCCAGAUGGCGGCGUUUGUGCGGGGCCAGCGCCUGCACAUCAUCAACUGCAACCAGCACACAGAGGUGUCUGACUUCCUUGGCGGCUUCCGGCCCAACAGGCACCGCGAGCGCUCACUGGUGCAGAUGCAGCAGGCGCUGGCUGCAGUCAAUACCAGCCAGUUGCUGAGCGCCGCGGGCCAGACGCCGCUGCUGCCACCCCCCACUCCGGCGGGCGCCGACCUGCAGGCAGUGUUGGCGGGAGGCAAGCAACGGCUAGCAGCGGCAGAGCAGCACGUACGCGAGUGCCUCGCCACUGGUGCAGAGGCCCAGCAGCAGCAGCAGCAGCAGCAGCAGCAGCAGCAGCUAGAGCACCUGCGGGCAGCGGUUGGCAGCCUGGCAGAUGCGGUGGCGGGGGUCAGAGCGCCGUUCGAGUGGGCAGAUGGCCCGCUGGUGCAGGCCAUUCGUCACGGCGACAUGAUUCUGGUGGAUGAGCUCAACCUGGCCGAGGAUGCUGUGCUGGAGCGGCUCAACAGCGUGCUGGAGCCGGGGCGCAGCCUGACGCUGGCUGAGAAGGGUGGCGCUGGGGCGGAGUUUGUGGUGGCGCACCCCGCCUUCCGCAUCGUGGCAACCAUGAACCCAGGCGGCGACUACGGCAAGAAGGAGCUGUCGCCGGCCCUGUCCAACCGCUUCACAUCCAUUUGGGUGCCCGCCAUCGAGGACGGCGCUGAGCUGCUGGCCAUCCUCGAGUCGCGGCUGGCAGAUGCCGAGGCCAAGCAGCUGGUGCCGCCCCGCCUGCUCGACUUUUGGCGCUUCUUCAGGGCAGAGGCGGCGCAUGCGGCACGCCAGGCGCUAUCGGUCCGCGACCUGCUGGCCUGGGCCGGCUUCAUAAACGCCGCCGCUGCCCAGCUGGGCGUGCUGCCUGCAUACGCGCACGGCGCACACCUGGUGCUGCUGGACGGCAUUGGGCUGGGCGUGGGGCUGUCAGCAGAGGCGACCCAGUAUCUGCGGAACAGGUGCCACGCCUUCCUGCUCACGCAGCUGCCCCAGGAGCUGCACGCCGCGGCAGAGGCAGCGGCCGGCCGCGGCCAGCUGGCUGGUGGAGAGCAGUCCACGGAUGGUGGUGAGACAGACAUGGAGUUGGAUGGGCAGCCGGGUGCCCGCUCACCUUCCCCAGCCCGCUGGGGCAUCGCCCCGUUCUUUGUGGAGCAGCAGCAGCGAGGCGGGGGCGGGUCCGGCGGCGCUGCCUUCAACUUCCAGGCCCCCACCACCGGCCGCAACGCGCUGCGCGUCCUACGGGCGCUGCAGCUGCGCAAGCCGAUCUUGCUGGAAGGCAGCCCAGGGGUGGGCAAGACCUCGCUCGUUGCCGCCAUGGCCAAGGCAGUGGGCGCGGAGCUGGUGCGCAUCAACCUCAGCGAGCAGACCGACAUGAUGGACCUGCUGGGGGCAGACCUGCCGGUGGCGGGGGGCGCUCCUGGGGAGUUUGCCUGGGCGGAUGGACCCCUGCUGGCGGCGGUGCGCGGCGGCGCCUGGGUGCUGCUCGACGAGCUCAACCUGGCGGGGCAGACGGUGCUGGAGGGGCUGAACGCGGUGCUGGACCACCGUGCAGAGGUGUUCAUUCCUGAGCUCAACCGCACCUUCCGCUGCCCCCCCACCUUCCGCGAAGGUGGCGGGCGCAAGGGCCUGCCCAAGUCCUUCCUUAACCGCUUCUCCCGCGUGCAUGUGGAGCUGCUGCAGCAGACCGACCUGCUCUUCAUUGCAGGCACGCGGGCCGGGCUGGUCAGGCGCGCGCUGCACCCGCGCAUCCCGCCGCACACCCUGCACCGCAUGGUGGCCGCCCUGCAGCGCCUGCACCACGACGCCAACGUCAGCCGCUGCUUUGCGGGGGCGGGCGGCCCCUGGGAGUUCAAUCUGCGUGACCUGCUGAGGUGGUGUGAGCUGGCGGAGACGGCGGUGCCAGCUCAGCAGGACGCCCACGCGGCAGCAGCGGCCGGCGGCCAGCAGCUGGCAGCUGGCGGCGGCGAGGUGGCGGCGCUGGAUGCGGCCGUGCGGCACUACGCGGGCCUGCUGUUUGUGCAGCGCCUGCGCACGGCAGACGACCGUCAGCAUGCGACAGAGGCAUUUGCUGAGGCGUGGGGCCAGCAGGAGCAGCAGCAGCAACAGCAGCAGCAACACCCGGAGCUGCACAUCUCGGCUGACGCCCUGAAAAUUGGCUUGGCCCGCCUGUCGCGCGCCAGCAGCGCGCCCCCCGCCGCAGGCGGCCGCAGCACAGCUGAGCAGCUGGCGCUGCUGCCCAGCCAGCUGCCUGUUCUGGAGAGUUUGGCAGAGUGCGCCGCUCGGAGUUGGAUGUGCCUGCUGGUGGGGCCCGCCGCCGCCGGCAAGACGGCGGCUGUGCGCACGCUGUCGGCGCUGUGCGGCCAGCCUCUGCUGGAGCUCAGCCUCACCUCUGGCACCGACACCAGCGACUUGCUGGGCGGCUUUGAGCAGGUGGAGGCGGCGCGCAAGGUCCAGGAGCUGGUGAGGGAGGUGCAGGCACUGCUGGCCGCGGCCGCCGACGUCCUGCUGCCCGCGCUGCGCCCCGCCCAGGCCCAGCACCAGCAGCUGCUGCAACUGCUCGCCCAGGCGUGGCAGGCGUGCUCAGCAGCUGCCAGCCUGGAUGCCGAGGCGGCGGCGUCUGGCGCCGAUGUGGCUGCAGCGCCCUCGGCAGACGCACAGCAUGCGCGGCAAGUGGCGGCGGUGCAGGCGCUGCAGCAGGUGCUGGCCCAGCUGCUCCAGCUGCUCUCCAGCCUGCAGCAGCAGCAGCUGGGGCUGCCAGACGCCGAUGAUGGCAUGCUGGCACAGCAACGGAUGCAGCGCGCCGAGCACGAGGCAGCCAGCGCAGCGGACAGGGCCGUCGAGCUGGCGGCUGGGCUGGCGGCCGGCGCCGAGUCGGCAGCGGGCAAGUUUGAAUGGGUGGACGGCGCUCUGACGCGCGCCGUUGAGCGGGGCGGCUGGGUUCUUCUGGACAGCGCCAACCUGUGCAACCCCACGGUGCUGGACCGGCUCAACCCGCUGCUGGAGCCGCAGGGCGUGCUGCUGCUCAAUGAGUGCGGCGGCGGCGGCGGUGCGCGUAUCGUGCGCCCCCAUCCCAACUUCCGCCUCUUUCUAGCGCUGGACCCCCGGCACGGCGAGGUGUCUCGUGCCAUGCGCAACCGCGGCAUCGAGAUCUUCCUGCUGCCGCCACGCGAGCAGCAAGCGGCGCCAGCCGCUGCACCGGGCCUCUGCCAGCAUGGCGAGCUGCAGCAGGUGCUGGCGCUGGCAGGCAUCCCCGGCACCGCCAUCCCGGCAGCCAUGGCAGCCGCUCAUGCAGCGGUGGUGGCGCACGCGGCGCAGCGCCACAGGCGGCCGCCCGGGCUACGGGAGCUGCGACGCUGGGCGGCCCUGGCUGCUGCGCUUGCGGGCAGGGGCUGGCCGUUUGCCGCUGCGCUGCACACCGCGUGGCGCCAGCUGUACGUGCGCUCUGAGGCAGUCGCAGCGGCCGGUGCGGAUGAGGCAUCGGCAGUGGCAGAGGCGGCUUUUGAAGUGUGUGUGCUGCCACAGCUGCAGCACGCGGACGGCAGUGGCGGCGAUCUGGUUCUGCACCGCCCAGCUGCCUGGCCGCUGCCUCUUGGGGCCGCAGAGUUUGCUGCCGACUCGGCAGGUGCCUGCCUGGGCAGAGAUGCAGCGGUGCUUUUGCAGCAUCUGGCUGUGCUGGCUGCCGCUCAGCAGCAGCAGCACGGCAGCAGCGACGGUGGCACGGCGCGUGCCGAGCUGGGCAGCAGUCGAGACGCAUGGCAGCUCGAGUUUUUGCAGAGCGCUGCGGAGCUGCACAUGGCGGCCGGCGUGCCGCACAUGCAGCUGCGCUAG